AUGUUUGGGUCUGCGUCGAUGGACGACCGUGUCGUCGUCAAACAGAGCGUUCCUGGACAUGACUUUUACAUCGACCCGGCAAAUUGGGCCAAUAGACAAGUUGGUGGAGAACCAAUGGAGAGCUUUGUUGCCAAUACCGUCCAUCUGCAAUUACUCUUGAAUGGCGCCGGCGAUGAAAAAUUCGUUGCUGAGUGCUUGGGAUACGGUGAUUGUCAGCAUCUGUCACCUAACCUAUGGCAGUACAAAUUGUACUAUGAGUAUCUACUAGGCGAUCUCCCUGGAUGCUUCUUGUGGGCUAUGUUCGAAUCACUCGCCAAGACUGCUGUUGCUAUGGAUGCACAAGGCAUCGUGCAUGGUGAUAUGCAAUCUGCGAACAUCUUUUUUGGUCAGCCUGAUCCUAAUCACUUCGCGAUCUGGCCCGUUGCUAAGCUAGGAGAUUUUGGCAGUGCUCGGUUUGUUGAUGCUCAAGGCGAAGUGCUUAGACACCGCACGGGACCAUAUGCACAACCUUUCGCCGCACCUGAGAUGGCAUGGGAUGACUCUUGGGACCCGGGCUGGUACGCUGUGCAGAACUUUGAUCACUGGGACCCGACUGUACCACCAUCAGGAGGUUAUGUCCAAAAACCUGCGGUGCUUUCUUCAAAGACAAACAUUUGGCAAAUUGGCAUGCUCAUGUUGUGUGCUAUCCGUCUCGAGGUGAAGCUGCUAGAAACACAGUUCCGGCACCCUCCCCCCGGUUAUUCUGUUCCUAUAAAUCAGUUCAUGACAUUCACACCCCAGUGUGCUUCUCGACCCAUGAAGCUGAGACUUGACGACGACCAGUCCAGGAGGCACAGUAGACAGCUAUUGACGCUUGUCAACAAGUGCUUGGCGGUGGAUCCAGAAGCGAGAAUCUCGCCGCAGAAUCUGCUUCAGGAAGUACAGGUCAAGAUGGUUGGGAGAGAUGGCGGGAUGGCGGCAGCGAGAGGUAAAUUCCCCUGGAAUCAUCCUCAGGCUAUCAGGAUGAGUUUGAAUGACAAGUACAAGAUCGGAAAGAAGCCUUACAGGCCAACUAGAGUCAAGUAG